AUGCCUCGACAUCUUCACAAGUUGCAGCAAUAUGGGUUGAAAAUAAAGAUGCAGAUCAGGGAAACUGAUGCUUCUAAUGUUGGAAAACGGAUUAUUCUACCUUCGUCAUUUAUUAGGGGUCCAAGAGAUAUGCGAAAAAGAUAUAUGGAAGCAAUGGCUUUAGUUCAGCGUUAUGUUUUGGGAAAGGUUUUUUCUAAUGAAGCUGCUGCAUUCUUUGUUAAUGGCCCUGCUGGGACGAGGAAGACAUUCCUGUACAAGGCACUUCUUGCCGCAGUAAGAUCAAGAAAAUUAGUCGCACUUGCAACUGCUUCAUCUGAUGUUGCUGCAUCUAUCAUUCCUGGAGGUCGAACAGGACGCUCGCGCUUUAAGAUUCCACUGGAUACUGAUGAACAUAGCAUGUGUUGUGUCAGUAAACAAAGUGCCAUCGCAAAGUUACUACGUGUGGCAAGGUUAAUUAUAUGGGAUGAGGCCCCUAUAUCAAGAAAACAACAUAUUGAAGCAUUAGAUAAAAUGCUACGAGACAUUAAUGAUUCAGAAUUAACAUUCGGUAGAAAAGUUGUCAUUUUUUGUGGAGAUUUUCGCCAGGUUUUACCUGUGGUUCGUAAAGGAAUAAGACAAGAACAUGUUGACGCCAGUUUGGUUUCUUCUUACUUGUGGCCUACAUUGAUCAAGUUUCAUUUGACUGAAAAUAUGCGAGCAAGAUUGGAUCCAGUCUUUUCAGAAUAUGUGUUAGAAUUGGGCAACAGAAUGCCACCAAUCACAGUUGAUGAAACUAUAAAAAUUCCUGAUGGCAUGCUUGUUCCGUACGAAGAUGACUGUACUUCUUUGCAUCAUUUAAUAGAUGCUGUUUUCCAUGAUAUUUAUGAAUAUUCAAUAAAUAUUUCAGCUAUGAUGAAUCGGGCCAUAUUAACACCAAAGAACAGUUAUGUUGAUGAAAUAAAUGCAUUACUAAUUCAUAGAUUUCCUGAUGAGUUUAAGCGAUAUUAUAGCUUUGAUGAAGCAAUAGAUACAUCUGAACAGUCAAUUAUGGAAGAUUUUUUAAAUACUCUAACCCCAAAUGGACUUCCUCCUCAUGAAUUGUUACUGAAGAUAAACUGUCCUAUCAUGCUGCUUAGAAACAUUAAUCCUUCAAAAGGACUAUGCAACGGAACACGUCUAAGGGGUUUUCUCUUGUAA